GGAUUCACUUCGCAGUAGCCAGUUCUUACCUUCUCGCAAUUGCUAAUAUAAUUCCAUCUAACGUCUUCCCUCCGUUAGUCGUCUAAACUAAAUGAGAUCUCGUCAUGCUCUGUUUAAAGCAAAAAACUCUCCCGCUAAAACAACCUCUUCGAGAGAACCCACAUCUUCACCCAACAAGGCCCUCUCUCAAAAUCCAUCGGAAACCCACCUCAUAUCUCUUAUUCAUGCCUCCAAAACCUCCCGCCAACUUCACCAAAUCCACGCCCAAAUCUUCCUCCAUAACCUCUCUACUAGCAGCCAAAUCGCUACCCAGUUGAUCUCUUCCUCUUCUUCACGCAAAUUCAUUGACUACGCUAUCACUGUCUUUAACCAUUAUUAUCCCAAGAAUUCGUUUCUAUUCAAUGCGUUGAUUCGCGGGCUUACGAAUAAUUCCCUUUUUGAGAGUGCUAUUUCUCAUUUUAUUCUCAUGUUGAGGUCAGAUGUUAAGCCUGACCAGCUUACAUAUCCAUUUGUACUGAAAUCUAUUGCGACUUUGUGUUCAGAAGGGCUUGGUAGAGCUCUUCAUGGGAUGAUUUACAAGUCUGGGUUUGAGUUUGAUUUAUUCGUUAGGAUAUCUAUGGUUGAUGCGUAUGUCAAAGUUGAGGAACUGGGUUCGGCUCUGAAACUGUUUGAUGAAAGUCCUCAAAGAUUUUAUGGUGAAAGUACAUUAUUGUGGAAUGUGUUAAUUAAUGGGUGUUGUAAGGUUGGUAGUAUGAGGAAGGCUGUGGAUCUCUUUGAGACUAUGCCAGAGAGGACUACUGCGUCUUGGAAUAGUUUGAUUAAUGGGUUUUUGAGAAGUGGAGAUUUGGAACGAGCGAAUGAGCUUUUUGGUCGUAUGCCAGAGAAGAACGUGGUUUCUUGGACUACUAUGGUUAAUGGGCUUUCACAUAAUGGAGACCAUGAGAAGGCGUUAUCCUUGUUUUCUAAGAUGUUGCAGGUGGGUGUGAAGCCGAAUGAUUUCACCAUUGUUUCAGCUCUCUCAGCUUGUGCAAAGAUUGGUGCCCUUGAAGCUGGAGUAAGAAUACACAGAUAUCUGACAGACAAUGGGUUCCGUUUGAAUGCAAAAAUUGGAACUGCUUUAGUGGAUAUGUAUGCAAAAUGUGGGAGUAUUGAGUCCGCAAGUCAGGUGUUUAGAGAGACAAAAGAGAAGGACGUCCUUACAUGGACUGUUAUGAUAUGGGGUUGGGCAAUUCAUGGACAUUCUGAGGAAGCAAUACAGUGUUUCAGACAGAUGAUGUACGCAGGUAUAAGACCAGAUGAGGUUGUCUUUCUUGCCAUACUAACGGCUUGCACACAUGCUGGCAAAGUUGAUCUUGGACUUAAUUUCUUCAAGAGUAUGGAGCUUGACUACUCUAUUGAGCCCAGCAUGAAACAUUAUGCGUUGAUUGUUGAUCUGUUAGGCAGGGCAGGUCGGCUAAAUCAAGCUCUCAAAUUCAUUGAGAGGAUGCCAAUAACUCCAGAUUUUGUGAUAUGGGGAGCACUUUUUUGCACUUGUAGGGCUCACAAGAAUAUUAAAUUGGCAGAAUUAGCCGCACAGAAGCUCCUGGAGCUUGAACCUAAGCAUCCUGGGAGCUAUGUCUUCCUAUCAAAUGUUUAUGCUGCAGUAGGGCGAUGGGAAGAUGCGGAGAGAGUGAGAUCUCUGAUGCAGAAUAGAGGCAUUGAGAAAGAUCCUGGAUGGAGUUAUGUAGAGGUGGAGGGCCAAGUGCAUAGUUUUGCAGCUGGUGAUUCUUCCCAUAAAGAUGCAAAAGACAUAUACUUGAAAUUAGAACAAAUAGUGGCAGGCGCAAAGGGACAAGGAUACAUGCCUGGAACUGAGUGGGUACUUCAUAAUAUUGAAGAAGAAGAGAAGGAAGAUGCAUUAGGAAGUCACAGUGAGAAGUUGGCACUCGCAUUUGGGCUUAUUCGUACUUCUCCUGGUAUGACUUUAAGAAUUGUGAAAAAUCUUAGAGUUUGUGGGGAUUGCCAUUCUCUGAUGAAAUAUGCUAGUAAGAUGAGUCAAAGAGAGAUCAUAUUGAGAGAUAUAAAGCGAUUCCAUCAUUUCAAGGAUGGGAUUUGCUCAUGUGGAGACUACUGGUAAUCCGGUAUGUGAUAUAUGAUUCUGACAUUGUACACAUUUUGUUUGUUAUAUCAAAAAGGCAUUCUUUUCUAACUUUUUUUAUAUCAAGAGGCAUUCUUUUCCAAUUUUUGUAUGUUGAUCAUCCACUCAUAUCUUGUACACUCACCCAUUCUUAGGAUAGAUUAAGUGAAAUUCUGUAUUUUGGAGAGUCUGGAGACCGUUUGCUACUUUUAGUAUGCAGUUCUACUAAUUCAUCACCGUUAAAAUCACAAUUUAUGUUUGCGAGAUGGCUAGGAUUAUUCUGAAUGGUCAAUGAAGUAUUAUAUCAAUGUUCAUUGUAUAAGUGCAGCAUUUCCUCGUUUGGUUUGGGAUCAUCAGUCAGUUUGUUAUAGAGGAUGCUGAGGAGGAAGAGGCAAUGGCUGUUUUAUAUGUGGAUGACACAAUCCUGGCCUAUGAUCCCUCAAGUGGGAAAGAAAGGUAAAAAUACUCAAAUGGGAAAGAAGGGUUAGGAAAAGAAAAACGAAGAAGAAAAAAAUGAAAUCCUUUUUGAGUCCUGAACAUGGAACCCAUCUAAUGCACAUUGAGUUGCUUGCCUUCUUCUGUAUUAUGAGAUGGGCCAGAAGCUCGAAACUAAUAAAUAAUGUGAAUACGGCAUAUGAUUGAAUGUAUGUGCACGUCAAAUUCAAGCAAAGUGCCCCCACUUGUGCCCUGUAAAUUGCAAUUAUGGAAGGACACAUGGGCCUGAAAAAGUUUAAGACAACAAAAGCUACAUUCCGAAGGUAUUCCGAUUCAUGUGGUCGCGUUAUUCCUGCAGACUGGCUGGGUGUGUGUGGUGGUUUGCACGAGUGUAUUAUUGUGAUAAUAUUAGUAGUAAUACUUUUAUUUAUUUGUUGAAUUGAUUAUUGUAAUUCUACUUAUAGUCACCUAUCCUUA